ACGUGGCAAACGUGGCAAACGCGACAAACGUGAUGAACCUGGUAAACAUGGUAAACGUGGUAAACGUGGUAAACGUGGUAAACGUGGUAAACGUGGUAAACGUGGUAAACGUGGUAAACGCGGAGAAACCUGACGAGCUAACGGCACACCCAAGCGCACCUUAAUUUCACGCGCGAACACUCGCCGGGCGGUUGAACGCGGAAGAAGGAGAAGUUCCUCCCCAAUUAAUUUCCUUUCACCUUUGCCUUUCACCUUUGCCUUUCACCUUUGCCUUUCACCUUUGCCUUUCACCUUUGCCUUUCACCUUUGCCUUUCCUUUGCCUUUCCUUUGCCUUUCCUUUGCCUUUCCUUUGCCUUUCCUUUGCCUUUCCUUUGCCUUUACUUUUCCCUUUCCUUUCCACUUUUCUUUCCCCCCCCACGUGUAUUUUAUGCAUCCUGUACGAAGCAACAGAGAAACCCUCCUGACAAAGCUACGAAAGGUUAACCGCCACAAGGAAGUAUGGGCGAGGAUAUCAGCAGCGGUUUCGGUGGCGGCCUCGGCAGUGGCGGUAGCGGCAGUAGUGAUGCUAAUAUAAAAAGGGUAGAGGAAGAAAAAAAAAACCUUAACGGAAACAACUUAAACUUACUCCUAGGAGACCUAAAAAUGAUGACGGCCUACGAAAUGUCCUCCGAGUGGAACGACACCAACAUGAUGAAUGAGUGCUUUAACAACUUCUCCUGGUUUGACUCAAGAGUACUGAAGAAUGUGCAAAAUUAUUUGAGUGCGGAUGAAGUGGAGCGGUCCAAAAUCGAUUACGCGUAUAACUCCCUGUUUCCGAAGCCGGUGGACGUGAAGGACACGAAGAUGAAUAUGAUGUCCCUGUGGAUCAAGUCGCGCAUUCACUACAAUAGCAGCUUUUUCCCGUUGCAGCUGUCCCCCUACGACGCCUGAUCGGGGGGGGAGAGCGGCGGGUCUGUCGUGCCUCCACCACGGCGCGUUAGUGCAGCGUGUUCAUUCACUGUCUUUUAUGGUCCUUCAUUGUGUUAAUUGUGUUUAUUAUUUUAUUUUUUUUAUUUUUUUUUCCCCUUUUAACGCAUUUCGCGCCCGCCCCCUCGUCGGCGCGGUUAACUGGUACUCCUUGCAAGUCGCUCACAGGGGGGAGCCCCCGCGAAGGGGAUACCUCUCCAAGUAAAGAAAGGUUGAGCGGCCAAGUGGAGAAAAGGAAAAAGGAAGUUUUAUUUUUAUUUUAUUUUUCCACCGUCACGCCGCUCAUUCGCAACCGUUGUGGAGUGCUCCCCUUCGUGACGCAAAUGUAAGGGGAGUCACCACCACUAGCACCCCCUGGAGAGACACCAAAUGGUAGGCGCCACUUUUCCAGUUGGGGUUACACCCACCCACCCCCAUAUGUGUGUACGCAGCUGAGCCCUUCACCCACAUGGUGUCUCUCCCCGCCAGGCGCAAACCACUCCUCUCACACCAGAACUUCAUCCAUCUUGCGCCGCAGCUGGUCGACACUUGCGUAGAACUUAUUCAAAACGGAGAGGGGCACAUCCAGGGCCUCCUUUAUGAAGAUAUUCGUUGCCAACUCGUCGUCUUCAGCCCCGUUGAAGCGGCCCACCCCCUGCUCAUCAUGCGGAUUAGCCGCUUCACCUGUGAGGAGGGAAGUGCACACAUGAGUAGGUGGCUCUCUCCACGGGGGGGGGGGGUACAGAUAUAUGUAUACAUAUGUAUACAUAUA